AUGUCGCUCGCCUUUGCACCUCCUGAAUUACGUCAAGGUGUACCAGACCAUCGUAGUACGGUUCAGGCACUUCUUAAUGAGAAUUCAUCGUUAAUCAAGUCCAUAAGGGAUUACCUGAGCAUGGGUCGCACCGAAGAAGCCGCCAAAUAUCAGCAGCUAUUACACAGGAACCUCAUUCACCUAGCUCAAGCAGCCGAUCAAUCUCUUCUGCCACAGUUAAGGGUGACACCAACACCGGUCACCGCCCCAUAUCCAGUGAAACAGCCUCAACCCACACCGCCCACAAUGAUGGCUCCACCAAUGAUGCCUGUUCAACCUCAGCCGGCACCUGUACCCACUUCUCAACCACAAAUGGGUAUGCCAAUGGGACCACCGCAAGGUUACGGAUACCCACCACAACCUAUUCAUCCGGGAGCCCCUGUUGGUGGUCCGCAAGUCAUGCCAGCUGGAUAUCCACCUCAAAGUUACGAACAGUCAAUGAUGUAUUCACAACAGCAACCUCCACAACAACCACAACAGCAGUACAUGCGUUAA